CAAUCUUAUGCAAACGCGGUUAGAACUAACAUAUCACCUCCAUUGUCCAAGCUCCUAGCCCGCAACGAAGCGCAAGCAAAGCAAAUCUUGAUUGACAGACGCUCUUACGGAGAAAUAGACACCCUCAGAGAGUUGACGGAAGCUGAGCUAGUAACCAAAGCUAAGCUGGCUAUAGAACUUGUAGAAAAAGACGGCGUCACCAUCCCCUCAGGAUUAUCUUUCCAAUCAGCACGACGACUCCCCCAUGGAGGGAUACUAUACGAACUAAACUCCGUAACGUCAGCCCAAUGGUUCAACUCCCCUGCCCAUCGAGGAAAGUUCACAGCCAACUUCGGAGCAAACGCAACCAUCAAAGACCGAGCCUUCAACAUACUGAUUGAAAAUGUACCAAUAUCCUAUGACCCA